UCUGCAGGGAUCUGCAGGGAUCUGCAGGGAUCUGGAUUCUGUGUGCUGCGUCCCGGCUGGAGAAGUGAAGCUGGUUUCUCAGCUUCAGGAAAACAACUAUUCUGCUGUGCCUGCGGAGCCUCCGGACGCAUGAGGUGAUCCGGCUCUAGGCCACGGAGACCAAAGUCUGCAUGGACGUGAUGUAAUAUCCCUCAUCUGGGAUACAUACAGUCGGUUUACUGGGAACAGUGGGGCAGGUUGGUGAAAUGAACAACCAUCAUCCGGCCCGGAGGGCUGCAAAUGUUGGCUCCAUCCUUCUGACGCCUCAGGAGAACGAGUGUCUGGUCAGCUACCUGGGGAGGAAAUGCAUCACGCUGUGCUCUGCAGUGGUGCAGGUGUAUGGGGCAGACAGGAGCUUCACAUGGGUGAAGAGGUGCUGUGGAGUUGCCUGUCUGAUCAAAGACAACCCCCAGAGGUCUUACUUCAUCAGGGUGUUUGACAUAAAGGAAGGGAAGACCAUGUUUGAGCAGGAAUUGUACAAUAACUUCUCCAUCAACAGCUCCAGGUCUUAUUUCAUCUCAUUUGCAGGAGAUACCUGUCAGAUUGGCCUGAACUUUGCCAGUGAAGAGGAGGCCAAAAGGUUCAGGGUCGCUGUCAAUGACCUGCUUGGCCGACGGCAACGCAAAACUGGACCAGCUCUGCCUGUGGCCACCGUGGACAUCAAGAACCCAGAGAUCAACAAUGUACGUUUCAACAACUCUCACCAACACCACCAGCAGCACCUACAGCACCAGCAGCAGCCGUACCACCUGAACAACAUGCUGAGCCACAGCGGCCUCACCAGGAAGGCCAAGAAGACCAAGGGCAGGAAGAAAAAACUGACCAAGGCCGAUAUCGGCACACCCAGCAACUUCCAGCAUAUCGGCCAUGUGGGCUGGGAUCCUAACACAGGCUUUGAUUUGAAUAAUUUGGACCCGGAGCUGAAAAACCUGUUUGACAUGUGUGGCAUAUCAGAGGCUCAGCUGAAGGACAAGGAGACGUCCAAGGUCAUCUACGACUUCAUUGAGAAGAAAGGAGGAGUGGAGGCCGUCAAAAAUGAACUCCGUCGACAAGCCCCUCCUCCUCCCCCCUCCCGUGCUGGACCCCUUCCUGCUCCUCCUCCUCACAGCUCAGCUCCUCCUCCUCCUCCGUCCAGAGGAGGGCGGGCUCCUCCUCCUCCUCCUCCUCCUCCCCUGUCUAGGGCCCCCACCUCAGCCCCACCGCCUCCACCCCCAUCCAGGCCUGGUACCCUGGGCACCCCACCUCCCCCCCCCACCAGGGGGUGUCACCAACCCACCCACCAGUCAGCUCCGCCUUCACACACUUCCCUCACUCCACCAGCCCCACCGCUGAUGGGUGGAGCUUCUCCUGCUCCACUUCCACCACCGCCCCCCCCUCCCCCGCCAUUCCCCCCAUCCCAAUCUGAGCCAGAGGGUGUGGGGGAGCCGGGGCAGGGGGAGAGUAAUAAGUCGGCCCUGUUGGAGCAGAUACGAGGAGGAACUCAGCUGAAGAAGGUAGACCAGAACAAUCGACCACCGGCAUCCAGCGCCAGCCGAGAUGCCCUGCUGGAUCAAAUCCGCCAGGGGAUCCAACUGAAGACGGUCUUGGAUCAUCCAGAUUCUGGUCCACCCACUCCUGCUCCCUCCUCAGGCAUCGUGGGCGCCCUGAUGGAAGUGAUGCAGAAGAGGAGCAAAGCCAUCCAUUCCUCUGAUGAAGAUGAGGAUGAUGAGGAUGAUGAAGAUUUUGAGGAGGAUGAUGAAUGGGAUGACUAGUGGGGGAUCCCCCAUACACACACACCCACCCUCUCCUCCAAGUGACUUCAAAAAUAUCCUAACUUCUUCCACAUACUGACUAAAGUUGUAACGUCGAUGUUGAGUUUGCUGUAUAUUUAUUAUUGUUGCCUUUUUGUUUUUUAUUGAUGUGUGCAAUACCUCAUUCAUUUAAUCUGAACCUCCUGUCAUUCAACCCUUCCAUUAAGAGUUGUUGCAUCCACUUCCUGCGGGACUUCCUGCUCUACAAAAGGCACUUAUUUCCUGGAGAGGCAAGAGAAAGGGGCGACCCUCUCGGUUUACUAACUAAUACUUAGUUUACUAACUGGGUUUAACCUGCCCGGUGUAGCCUGGUUCAUGCUACAUGUCAGACCAAGCCAACCUGUCUCAGAUGAAGUUCCAUGCUAGCUAGCAACAGCUGGGUUUAACCUCCUGCCUGGUGUAGCCUGGUUCAUGCUACAUGUCAGACCAAGCCAACCUGUCUCAGAUGAAGUUCCAUGCUAACAUUAUUUUCUGGAGGAGCAAGAGACAUGGGUGACCCUCUCGGUUUACUAUCUAGUACUUAGUUUACUAACUGGUUACUAGCUGGGUUUAACCUGCCUGGUGUAGCCUGGUUCGUGCUACAUGUCAGACCAAGCCAACUUGUCUCAGAUGAAGUUCCAUGCUAGCUAGCAACAGCUGGGUUUAACCUCCUGCCCGGUGUAGUCUGGUUCAUGCUACAUGUCAGACCAAGCCAACUUGUCUCAGAUGAAGUUCCAUGCUAGCUAGCAACAGCUGGGUUUAACCUCCUGCCCGGUGUAGUCUGGUUCGUGCUACAUGUCAGACCAAGCCAACUUGUCUCAGAUGAAGUUCCGUGCUAGCUAGCAACAGCUGGGUUUAACCUCCUACCCGGUGUAGUCUGGUUCAUGCCUGGUUCAUGCUACAUGUCAGACCAAGCCAACUUGUCUCAGAUGAAGUUCCAUGC